CGAAACUUACCAGCUGUAACCCUGCAAGAGUUCGGAAAAUUGAAAGGAAUCGGUUCUGUAUGUGAAACCGUUGAAAUACGAACCACAAGUGCGACGCCACGUUUAUACACACUCUGUCACAAUGCCCCCAGGACACUAUAUGCGGCAAGGCAGGAUGUAACGGGAAUCACCAUCCGUCCCUUCAUCUAUAUCGAGCUAAUGUAUGUACGUGUAACAUGCCGAUGCUUCUUUGGGGAUGUUGGAAAGAGAAUACUUACGAGAAUCUUUGAGCUACGUUUUAAGCAUACAAGAAGUGCAAGAACGAAUAAAAUUUGAAUUUGUGGAAAUAAUACUAAGAUUCAUAUCAGAUUGGCUUGUCUUCUAUCACCUUGGACAUGAGGUUGCUGAAGAUGCCAAGGAAUAUUUAUCUGAUCUUCAACUAAAGGUUCAGAAAACUCGCGAAAAUUUUGAUGAAACUCGACAAAAAGCCCAGGAAUUGAAAAAUAAAUACAUGGACAGUAAAUUGAAACCCGAUAGUGAAUACGCAAAGCAGGGUUAUCUGUAUCUAAUGGAAAAAAAAUUUACCGUCAUUACGUGGUCAAAAUUUUACUGCACGUACAAAAAACAAACCAAGGAAUUUUCCAUGUUACAAUACAACCAAAUGUCCGGACGAGCACAACAAAUUAUUCCCGAAACAUUAACAGUUGCUUCUUGCACAAAAAAGUUAUCAGAAUUUGAAAAACGUUAUUGUUUUGAUGUUACUUUCAAUGAAAAGAACACUAUUACAUAUACAUUCCAGGCACUCAGUGAGGAUGAUAUUAAAGCAUGGAUAGAUGCAAUGGAUGGCAAAGAAUCAAUCAAUUUAACAUUAUCAACAAAAUGUAGUGAAGAUAGCACGCUCGACGAUGUAGGAUUUGCCUUUGUUAAAAAAUGCAUUGAUAUUCUUGAGCAACGAGGGCUCGAGGAAGAGGUAAGUACAUUAUAUUUAUUUUUUGAGUUUGGCGUUUGGCGAUCUUGUACAGCGUUACUAUAUUCAAAGGAGAUAAUAGGCGGGCUGAUAAUUCUAUGGCCUAGCACAUAGAUAGCACAAGUAGAA